AUGUCCCUAAUUCCUGCUGUGUCCCAGCCUGCUAUGUCCCCAGCACCUGCUGUGUCCCCAGCUUCCUGCUGUGUCCCAGCCCCUGCUGUGUCCCCAACCCCUGCUGUGUCCCAACCCCUGCUGUUGUCCCAGCCCCUGCUGUGUCCCCAGCCUGCUGUGUGUCCCCAGCCCUGCUGUGUCCCAGCCCCUGCUGUGUGUCCCAGCCCCUGCUGUGUGUCCCCCAGCCCCUGCUGUGUCCCCAGCACCUGCUGUGUCCCCAGCCCCUGCGUGUCCCCAGCCCUGCUGUGUCCCCAGCCCUGCUGUGUCCCAGCCCCUGCUGUGUCCCCAGCCCCUGCUGUGUGUCCCCAGCCCUGCUGUGUGCCCCUGCUGUGUCCCAACCCUGCCAGCAGUACAGCCCCUGCUGUGUCCCAGCCCCUGCUGUGUCCCAACCCCUGCUGUGUCCCAGCCCUGCUGUGUCCCAACCCUGCUGUGUCCCCAGCCUGCUGUGUCCCCAGCCCCUGCUGUGUCCCUAAUGCCCUCUCUGUCAUAUGUCUGGUGUCCUAA